CUGGCUGUGCCGAGAUGGGGUUGCUCCGGCCAGGCCUAUGGCUAAAGAAAUUAUGGAUACUCUUAUUGGUGAUUGUAGAGGUGGCCAUGGGCAAAGUGUUAAUGACACUGUUUCCAGAAAGAGCCACGCAGAAUAUCUUGGCCAUGGGCCAGAAGACUGGUAUGACCAGAAACCCCCAAUUCUCCCCUGACAACUGGGUCCCGACCUUCUUCAGCAUCCAGUAUUUCUGGUUCGUCUUGAAGGUCCGUUGGCAGCGACUGGAGGACAAGGCUGAGCUGGGGGCUCUAGCCCCAAACUGCCCUGUGAUCCGCCUCUCGGGAGAGAAGUGCAAUAUUUGGGACUUCAUACAAGGUCAGGAGGCUGCUGUGUGCUAG